AUGGCCAAAAAAUAUUAUUACGCCGUACAGAAGGGAAGAAAUCGCGGUGUCUACAGUGACUGGAACUCAUGCCGUGAUCAAAUUUUUGGUUACAGUGGCUCAAUCUAUAAAAAAUUCGAUACAUUGGUUGCAGCGCAGGAAUUUGCCAAUGGUUCAAGUGGUUAUAGUUCAAAUGGUAACUGUAUUUCUGAUUCUUCUGGUAAUGCUGAUACUUACAAUUAUGAGAAUUCAUCAAGUAAGCCAAACAUUAAGUCAAGGAAUACUGCGUAUAAAAAAACACAAAGAGUUAACAAACCAACACAUAAUUCACAUACCAACUACAUACCCAUACCGACCUCCAUUAUAACACCAAGUUCAAACAGUAAUAAACAUGGUAAUAAUAACAGUAAAAACUAUUAUGCAGUGAGAAGUUCCAACCCAAGAUUACUGAGUAAAGUUUUUAACAAUUGGAAGGAUUGUAAAGGCUAUGUUCACCACCAAAAGGGUAUGACUUUUAAAAAAUUUGAAUCUUUAGAGGAUGCAAAUAGAUUUAUUAAAGGCGAAGUGAACCCAAAUAUUGAUUUUAACUUGAUUGGUUAUAGUGAAUCUGAUUUUAAAAAAAAAUAUGCUUUGAACAAAACAAAAAAAUAUGAUAAACAAUGUAACGUAUAUUGUGACGGGUCAUCUUUAAAUAAUGGUUCGUUAAACGCCCGUGCUGGUUACGCUGCAUAUUUUGAAAGUGAACCACAGUAUAAUAUAUCUGAAAGAUUAAAAUCUGGACCUCAAACUAAUAACAGAGGUGAAAUCGAAGCUGUAUCAAGUGCCUUAGAUAAAAUAUGGUUUAAUUUAAACAACAAUGAAAAUAAAGUUAAUUAUAAGAUUAUAACAGAUUCAGAAUAUGUUGCUAAAUUGUUAAAUGAUAGGUAUGGUAGUUAUUCAGAAACUGAAUUACAGAAUUUGUGUAAUGCUGAUUUAAUUGUACCAAUGAUCAAAAAGUACGUUAGGAUUAAGAAAUAUUAUGAAAUUAAUAAAGACUCCUUUACUAACCAUGGCAAUUUCUCUGUUGAAUGGGUGAAGGGACAUUCAGGCCAUGUGGGUAACGAUAUGGCCGAUGAAUUGGCUAGAAGAGGUGCUGCCAAGGACUAUUGA